AAAAAAAAAAAAGAAAACUCUUAGUCUUCCUCAAAAAGCCCUAACCUAGUUCUCGCUUUCUCGCUGUCUCUGCAGUUUUGUAUUCCAAAAUUGAUUUGGUUUCUCUGAUUUAUAUAUAUAAAUAUUACUUUCGAUUCGAUAAACCCUUGUCUCACAAAUCGUGUCAGUCUCCAUACCUCUGGCUUGUUUAGGGCUACUGCUUAAUUUUAGUGGGUAGUUUGGAAUCGGGUUGCUAAGAAGGGGGGAAUCAAAUGUUUUAUUCACAGACGUUAUUGGCUCGAAAGGGUCCGUUGGGUACGGUGUGGUGUGCCGCUCACGUGCAAAACCGUCUUAAGAAGCCUCAGUACACCGCCAUCAACAUCCCCAAAACUGUUGAUAGUAUAAUGUUUCCAGAGGUACCAUUGGCAUUGAGAACGUCAAGUCACCUUCUCCUUGGGGUUGUGCGUAUAUAUUCAAAGAAAGUUGAGUAUCUUUACAAUGACUGGAGUCACCUUAAUACUUGGGUUGCUAAAGCUUUCGUCUCUACUCAAGUUGACUUGCCCGAAGAUGCCAGACAAGCCCCGCCUGAGUCUGUGACUUUGCCUCAAGCACUAAAUUUGGACGAGUUCGACUUGGGAGAUAACACUAUCGACAUGGAUAUCGAUAAUCAUACCCGGAGUGAGGAAGAUAUCACUCUCACAGAUCAAAUUCCUACUGGCGUUGAUCCUUAUGUUGCUGUCACAUUCGACGAGGACAUCAUCUCAGAAUCUAUGCUGAUGGAUUUCGACCAACCCACAGAACCUAUGAGUGGGCAUAUUGGAGAAACUGAUGUUGAAAUGGCUUCUGAGGCAAGAUCAGAAAAUGAGCCAAGAGACUCCAAUUAUGCUCCAGAUAUAGGAACCUAUAGUCCUCGCAACGCCACAGAGGAAUUCCCUGAAGUUCAGGAUCCUCCUAGACAAAGUAACUUGGCAGAAGAGCUCAAUCCCACUACUGAGAGAAGCGAUGCCAAUUCUCCUAGAAGUAUUCCAGAGAUUGAGAUAAGGCGUGAUGCUGCACACGAAUUAAGCCCUGCGUCCCAUCCAUCAUUUGCUGCAGAACAACAGAAUGUCAGAAUUGAACACACUGAGUCUUUAGAUGAUUCUUUGAAAGACAAGGACCCCACUAUCCCUAGUAUUGAUGAAGAAAUCUCAAAUCUUAGAAGGGAUUCUGCAUUUGAGCUUCGCUCGGAGUCUCCAAGUUUUGCUGGUUCUGAAGAAGAACGUGCAGAUUUUGUGCAUCCAUCACCUCAAUUGGUGCUUCAGCCUACUCCUCCUCCCCCACCACAAAGAAGGCCAAGGAAGAGGAAGCUCUUUGAUAAGGUCACAGUAUUAACCAACAGGAUUAUAAAACAAAGGCUCGAGGAUCCUAGUGAUACACUUCGUGAGAAAAAUAAAAUGCCUUCAUCUAAAGUAAAUGUCUGGAGACUGAAUAAUCAGUUGAAGAAGGAUCGAACAUUUAGUGAUCCCUUACUUACUGGCUUCUCAGAUGUUUUACGCAGUGUCUUUGAAAAGGACUAUGUAGCUUCAAAGCCAUAUCUUGCUGUUUCUAAUGAAAAUGUUCCAGAACGUUCACCUGUAUCAUCUCCUAUUCGAGAAGCUGAAACCGAAAUUAAUCCAGUCUCUCCAAUGCCAGAAUCUGUGGUUCCUGAUUCUACGAAUCCAGACAAUACAGUUCAGCUGUCUCCAGCUCAGCAAACUGAAGAUGUCCAAGACUCUGCAGGCCCUCCACCUGCGCAUGCAGAGUCUGUAGCAACAGAAGCACAAUCUCCUCAGACAUUUAAUAAUAAUGAUGACAUGGGAUUUGAACAUUUAAGGGAUGGUGGUUUCCCUGUGCACAUGCCGUCACCGCCUCCAAGAUCUUCACCUUCUAGAACUGAUGACUUCAGCACUCAGCAUGGAACUUGGGAGACAAGAUCUUAUAGAACAGAGCCUUCAACUUCCGCAAAUCCAGAGGAUAUGCCUGAACUAAGAAACUUGGGGCUUUCACCUGUUUCUGAAAUGACUGACGAGGAGCUUUCUUUCUUGGAGAUAGGUGGGAAUACCCCCUUAGUAUCACCGGCUAGUCAAGAUUCUGAUGGUUUGACAGGGAGAACAAGAGCCUUGGUUCAGUAUCUUAAACAACGUUCUUCAAGUAGUCCCACUUCAAGCCAUCCUUCCGGAGAUCUAAGUUUGAGCGAGAUUUUGGCAGGAAAGACAAGGAAGCUAGCUGCUCGAAUGUUCUUCGAGACUUUGGUAUUGAAGUCUAGAGGACUUAUAGAUAUGCAACAAGACAAACCCUACGGCGAUAUUGCUUUGAAGUUGAUGCCUGCCCUUUUUUCAAAGGUUCAAACAUGAAUAAACAAUGCUCCUUAGAUUUAUUUAUGUAGAAGUUAGAUCCUGGUUAGACGAGGAAGUUACUUCAUUCUUAGAUCCUGGUUUAUUUACAUUUUUGUUUAAGUAAAGCUUUACUCGAGAAAAUAUGUGUGAAGGUCUAAAAUCCAUCAUUAGUCAAUACAGUAAUUCAUAUAACUUAAA